AUGAACAAUCACUCAAUGGUCACUGAGAUUUUCCUUUUGGGAUUUCAGCAUCUCGACAAUUUCAAAAUUCUGAUUUUUUCAUUGAUCCUUUUGAUUCACAUACUGACCGUAUAUGAGAAUGCCCUUGUCAUAGCAUUGGUAACAGUCAGCCGAGGUCUUCAGUCUCCCAUGUUCUUCUUUCUCCAACAACUCUCCUUCUCUGAUCUCCUGCUGUCUGUGGUUAUUGUGCCCACCCUGCUCAGUACUGUAAUGAAUGAAGGAGCUAAAAUAUCCCUUAUUGGCUGUAUUGUACAGCUUUAUUUCUUUGCUGUCACUGAAUCUUUACAGUGUUUCCUUCUAACUGUGAUGUCCUAUGACAGAUAUCUGGCCAUCUGCAAUCCCCUGAGUUAUUCUUCACUAAUGAAUCACACAUUUUGUUUUCAACUAAUUGCCAUAUCAUGGCUACUUGCCCUUAGUUUUACACCAGUUACUGUGAUAACUGCAGCUACACAAGAGUUCUGCAACCAAAAUACCAUCAACCAUUUCUUCUGUGAUUACUUUCCUCUCCUGGAACUUUCCUGCUCAGACACCUCCUUGGCACAGAUAUUGGUAAUGGCAACAACUACCCCUGUGGUUCUUAUCCCCUUCAUGCUCAUCAUUGGAUCCUAUAUCUGUAUUGCCCAUGAAAUCCUAAAGAUAGUGUCCAGUAUUGGGAGACAGAAAGCCUUCUCCACCUGCAGCUCCCACUUGGCCGUGGUCUCCAUAUUUUAUGGGACUCUCAUUGGUAUUUAUGUGGUUCCCACAAGAAACCAGUCGCAGACAGUUAAAAAAGUUAUUUCCCUUUUAUACACUGUAGUGACUCCUUUUAUUAACCCAAUGAUUUACAGCUUGAAAAGUGCAGAUAUGAAAAAUUCCAUUAAAAAUAUAAUACUGUAA